AUGUCAGCCGAGAUCCCAUGGCACGCCGCAUUUCCUGCCCCAAGGGGCGCGGCUCCCUCUAUAUCGCGAGAGGAGCUAUUGCAAUGGAUCCGAGACGGUAAACAAGCCGGAAAGGACUAUGUACUUGUUGACUUGCGUCGUACAGACUACGAGGGAGGAACCAUCCAAGGAUCAUUGAACUUGCCAGCUCAGAGUCUGUAUCCUACCAUCCCGACGUUAUAUUCCCUCGUAUCGAACAGCAGCGCAAAAUAUGUGAUUUGGUAUUGCGGAUCAUCCGGGGGUCGAGGAACUCGUGCAGCUGGUUGGUUCGCGGAUUAUCUUGAAGAGAAACAGGAUACAGUUGUCAAGAGUUUAGUUCUCACAGGGGGUAUUAAAGGAUGGGCUGCUGCAGGUCUGGAAUAUACUGCCUUGAUGGAUGGGUAUGAUGCAUCUGUUUGGUCAAAGUAG